AUGUUAACAAAUUUGGGUGUCAGUCGUCAGAACUCAACUCGCCACUCAGCCGAUCCAGAAGAAUUCUAUAUCAAACAAGAGCGAAUUGGAAAGGGCUCUUUUGGUGAAGUAUUCAAGGGAAUAGAAAAGAAAACCAAUAAACCGGUGGCUAUCAAAGUUAUUGAUCUUGAAAGUGCUGAAGAUGAAAUCGAUGAUAUUCAACAAGAAAUUGCUAUUUUGUCUCAACUUGAUUCACCUUUUGUAACAAAAUAUUAUGGAUCUUAUCUUAAGAAUACUGGGUUAUGGAUUAUUAUGGAAUAUUGUUCCGGUGGAUCCUGUAGUGAUCUUAUGAAAGCAGGUGUCAUUAGAGAAGAUCAUAUUAUGUUGAUUGUACGGGAGCUACUCAAGGGACUCGACUAUCUGCACACUGAAGGAAAACUACACAGAGCUGCGAAUAUUCUUCUAAGUGCAAGUGGAGAAGUCAAACUCGCUGAUUUUGGUGUUUCUGGUCAAUUGACCGCAAGUCUGACCAAAAAGAAUACAUUUGUUGGUACACCCUUUUGGAUGGCACCCGAAGUUAUCAAGCAGUCUGGAUAUAAUUACAAGGCUGAUAUAUGGUCCCUUGGUAUUACAGCCAUUGAAUUGGCCAAGGGAGAACCUCCUUAUGCAGAUAUGCACCCCAUGAAGGUCCUUUUCCACAUCCCCAAGAACCAACCGCCUGUUCUCACAGGCUCGUAUAGUAAAGCCUUUAGAGAUUUCAUUGCCCUUUGUCUUCAAAAGGAUCCAAACCUGAGACCAACAGCAAAAGAAUUAUUGAAGCACAAAUUUAUCAAGAGCCACAAAAAAGUAUCUUACCUUACAGAACUCAUUGAGCUACAUGAACGAUGGUUAAGUCAUGGUCAUGGGCGUGAAUCUGAUUCUUCAGACGAUGAAACAAAGUAA